CUCAGCCUUCGCGCAGACAUCAUCGCGGCGUCAAUCCAGAUAGCGUCUGGGGAGGAACACCAUCGGCUGACAAAGGUACUGCCCCCUUUCAUAGCCUCACAGCAACAUCCACUGCCAACGCACAUGAUGGGAGUCAAACGCUCACGCAGAGACUCCUUGUCGUCUUCAGAAGACCCCAGCAGUCCCUUCUCGCGCGAGCAGUCUGUCGAUGUCAAGCUUGUACACCUGGAUACAAAGUCUGCAGUGUCUGAGCAGCCAGCGGUCAUGAAGUGCUUGCUGCCCCCACACGAGCCACUUGCCUUUACAUCUUUCGAGGAGUAUGACGUGCACUACCAGAAGACGCACAUGAACAGAUGCUCUGAAUGCCACAAGAACUUUCCUGAUGAGCACAUUCUGCACCUGCAUAUCUCAGAAAACCAUGACCCCUUCAUUGCUGCCAAACGAGAUAGAGGCGAACAAACGUAUGCCUGUCUUGUCCCAACAUGCGACCGUCUAUGCAGCACGGCGCCCAAGCGUCGCAUGCACUGUAUAGGCAAACAUCACUUUCCAAAGACCUAUGACUUCUUCAUCAUCAACGAUGGCAUCGACCGCCGGAACAGCAUGUUACGGCCCAGCCACCGGAGACGAUCAAGCACCACAGCGUCGAACCCUGGCAGACGGAGAGGAGAGUCAUUUGCUAGCGCUGCUGGUGAUCGCAUGGACGUGGUGCAGGACGAGGGUGGAGACCAGGCGAACCACCAGCAACAGCGCGAGUCAAGGUCUUCACACGUCAAGCUGCGUGGUCGCGGUGGGUUCAGCCAUCCCCAAGGAACUGGACGUGGCCGUGGAAGCGAGGGUCAAGCAGCACUCGGCUCAACAAUAACGAACGCUGACCCUGUCGACAACCUGGCCUCCAGCAUGUCGGCGUUGCACUUCGUUCCGCACAGCGUACGCAUGGCGAGAGGUAGAGGGCGUGGGAGAGGCGGAUAACGGCAGCUCAAAAUUAUACGAUGCACCUUGUCUGAAGGACUCGCUACUACCUGGACCACAUAAUCAAAUGGGUAUUCAAACGUAGCACAACGGGUCCUCCAUGGAGUCAGCGUCCCUUUCUUGCCCGUUCAAGCGAUGCAUUCCUACCUUCCCAUAGGUGAAGCUACCACGUGGCAAUGUCAACAUUCCAUUCGGGAGCUUCCGCCCAGCCAGUCAGUGUCUC